GCGUCUUACACUGCUUUCCUCUUCCAACAAUUUCCCUCUCAGCUUCGAUACACAAAAGCUCCAUAAUGAAGAAAGUUGUGCUGAAAUUGGAUUUUCACGACGAGAAAUGCAGACAGAAAGCCAUGAAGACGGCCUCCGGUAUUUCGGGGGUCGAAUCGGUUUCCAUGGACAAGGACCACAAACUGACGGUGACCGGAGACAUUGAUCCGGUGGCGGCGGUGAGGAAACUGAGGAAGCUAUGUCACACCGAAAUCGUUUCCGUCGGACCGGCGAAAGAGCCGGAGAAGAAGAAAGAAGAGCCGGAGAAGAAGAAAGAAGAGCCGAAAAAGGAUGAAAAGAAAGAUGAGAAAGCACACAUAAACCAACCGCCCUACCCGUAUACCUUUGUAUAUUAUCCGCCGGUACCGGAUUCUUACACAUACGGCAAAUACGUGGGAGAAGAUCCCGCCGGUUGUGUUAUCUGCUAAUUUUUUUUGUUCCAAUAGGUAAUCAAAUGAUUUGAAUUAUCCACGUGAUAAAUUUCUAAUGAAUAAGAUACUGAUGAUUAUAAAAAAAACUAUAUAAUUA